CUGCCCCCACCCCAUUUGCUCUCUCAAAAAUAAAUAAACUUAAAAAAAUAAGAAUAAGCAUGGUGUCAAGUGAAACUAUGCUAUGAGAAAAACAGCCUAAAAGUAUAAAGGGGUUCUACAUUUGAUGGGGUGCUCAGGGAUGGCUUUGGGAUAAAAUGAACUUUGUUUUUGCUCUACUGCUAACCAAUUAUGUGGCCUGGGGUGAGAUUCUUCACCUUGCUGAGGCCAUUUGGUUUGUGAAAGGAGUUCACAAGAUUCAGUGGGAUGAUGCAAGUGGCAGGGUUGGCAAACCCUACUUCCUUGUGCAUAUGUGAGUGAUUUCUGAGUCCCAUGAAGGAAAGGGAAACUCAGGAGAGGAGCCGUGGGCUGACAUCCUGAUGCUGGCAGGCUGGGUCUGCAGACCCAGCGGGGGUCCUGCAGGACCAGCCAAAAGGGUCCUUGGCUUCCCGCAGGAAGGAAAUCAAACAGGAGCCAGCAGUAGGUGAAAGCAGUUUAUUGAAGACAGAGAGAGAGAGAGAUAAGGACUGGGUGUCUGGAAGACUUGGAAAGGAAAAGACCACGAGUCUCAUCUUUUCUUGGGGUCUGGGGUUUUCACUGGCGAUUGUACUCUGUGCACAUGCCUUCUCAGGCAUCCAGGAACUGGUCAGAACAAGGAUAGGGUCCUUCUUAAGCCACUCGUUCCCUGAGGACUGGAGUCUUGGCGUGGAGAUAUCUAGUGCCAGUGGUCUGGAAUAGGCACUUGAUGGCCUGCCGGGUCAUUCCUUAGAUAUCGCCUAUUGUGCUGGAAGACUCCAAAGAUAUAUCUCUUUGUCCCUUACAAGGAGAACAUGGGUUUUUGCAUUACGAGGCAUGUGUUGAGUGGGGUGGGAAUGCGGGGUCCUAGCAAGAAUAGAAGCCAGAAAAGAAGCAAAGGAAAAACACGGCUUUUUUCCCUGGGGUUCCUUCAGUUUCCCUGUCUCAGUCCGAGUCCAACUGGAAGCAACCUCCCAACCAGUACUAUGGAAAACGGCUAUGAUUGCUGCAGAGGCUUGUAGGAGAGCCUAGGACUAAAGUAAAGAAAGAGGGCUUCCCUGUGGGAUGCUGAUUCUAGUGAUUUGGAGGUCUCAUUGGGGAGGGAGGAACAAAGCCCGAGCUCCAUCAGCCGGGGUCCCCGUCCGGUACCUCUGAGUUCCAUCAUUCGAGCCGGAGUCGCCCGUCAAGUUUUACGUCACUGGGAUCAAACCAAUCACGUCUUUAAGUGCACCAAUCGGCGGAUGCUUACGGCGGAAACGAGGUCGCCCUAGCCAAUGACAGGGGCCGUACGGCGGAAGUGUAGAAAUGGUCUCUUGGGAAGAUGGCAGCCUCAGUUCAGCCACAAGUUGAUUGGCAGGUGCGGUGACCAGAGGCUCUAGACUCCAGGCCCUGUCCCCUGGGCUCUGCCUUCGGAUGUCCCACCGUACACAGCCUGCAUGCGCCGUGGGGCGCCCCAGGACCAGGAGCUGGUGGGCCCGGGGGCUCCUGCGCGGGGGUCCCGGGGCGCGCCUCCUCCCUCGGGACUUGUCCCGGUCCUCGUCUUUCCCCCGGACCUAGUAUUCAGGGCGGACCAGCGGAGUGGACCCCGGCAGCUGCUGACCCUCUAUAACCCCACGGGAGCUGCGCUUCGCUUCCGAGUCCUGUGCACAGCACCUGCCAAAUAUACGGUGUUUGACGCAGAAGGAUACGUGAAACCUCAAUCCUGCAUUGACAUUGUGAUUCGCCAUGUGGCCCCCAUUCCCAGCCACUAUGACGUCCAGGACCGCUUCCGCAUUGAGCUGUCUGAGGAGGGAGCUGAGGGUCGAGUGGUGGGGCGCAAGGACAUCACCUCGAUUCUGAGGGCCCCAGCCUACCCUCUUGAGCUUCAGGGACAGCCUGACCCAACGCCCCACCCAGGGCCUCCUUCCUGGACAGCACCACCCACGGCCAGACACUUCCCCGAGAACCCCCAUCCACAACUGGCCACCAGCUCCUUCCUCCUCUUCUUGCUGACGGGCAUAGUCUCCGUGGCCUUCCUGCUGCUCCCGCUCCAGGACGAACUUGGCAGCCAGCUGCCCCAAAUCCUGCAUGUCUCCCUGGGACAGAAGUUGGUGGCGGCCUACAUCUUGGGCCUCCUCACCAUGGUGUUCCUUCGGACCUGAGCUCCCUGCUCAACUUUUACCCACCUCCUGGGGCAGAGAUGUGGAUGUGUACAUGAGACAGCCACUGUGAUGCCCCUGCUUUGUUUCAACUCCUACUCCCUCUUCUUCCUGCCCAGCCUCUCUCCCCAACUACCCAGGGAUUUGUAUUCAUUUUCCAAAUUGAAUAAAAUAAAU